CAUAAUGGCGGAGGUGGAGGUGGUGGCCCAGGAAGAGGCCCUCGUGAAGGGGCAGGUGGAGGCCCAGCGGGCACAGUCUGGCCCUAGGCCAAUGACCCCAGAGUCUGCACUGGAGGAGCUGCUGGCCAUUCAGGUGGAGCUGGAGCUGGUUAAUGCCCCAGUCAGGAAGGCCUUUUCUCGGCAGCGGGAAAAGAUGGAGCGAAGGCGGAAGCCCCACCUAGACCACAGGGGCGCCAUCAUCCAGAGCGUCCCUGGCUUCUGGGCCAAUGUUAUUGCACACCACCCCCAGAUGUCAGCCCUGAUCACUGACGAAGAUGAAGACAUGCAGAGCUACAUGAUCCACCUGGAGGUGGAAGAAGUGAAGCAUCCAGUUCAUCUGUGCAAGAUCAUGUUGUUGUUUCAGAGUAACCCUUACUUCCAGAAUAAAGUGAUUACCAAGGAAUAUCUGGUGAACAUCACAGAAUACAGGGCUUCUCAUUCCACUCCAAUUGAUUGGUAUCCGGAUUAUGAAGUGGAGGCCUAUCACUGCAGACACCACAACAGGAGCCUGAAUUCUUCAACUGGUUCUCUGACCACAACUUCGCAGGAUCUAACAGGACUGCUGAGAUCCUAUGUAAGGACCUGUGGCGCAAUCCCCUGCAAUACUACAAGAGGAUGAAGCCACCUGAAGAGGGAACAGAGAUUUCAGGGUACUCCCAGAUGUUGAGUUGAGUCUCUCCCCGAUGUUGAGUUGAGUUGAGUAUGAUGGAGCAUCACACUUUACCUAAAGCAGCAGAACUCCUGAAAAGUUACUACGGUAUGCAGGAUGUCAGUAUUCAGCAUGGUCUUAUGCACAGGAACUAAAGGAAAAACAGAUCGAGUCACAGAAAAUCAGACAGGAAGAGGGGGUAAACUUGGAUUGUAUGGAAUGAAGAAUAAACAUUCUCAAGG